UUAUCAUAACUUAUAAAGGGAAUACGCAACAAUUAAAAAUUGUCCAACAACGAAAACGCAAAAGGAAAAGAAAGAAAUUCUACUCUACUUUAUAAAAAUUCCCCAAAAUCCAAAAAGGAAAAAAGUCAAAAACAAAAAUUUGUUUCUUCAAAUUCGUAAAGUAAACGAAACGUCAAAAAGUUACUCAUACUUAUCAUUAGAGAGCCUAAGCAAAGAGCUACAACAAAAAAAAAACAUAGAAUUACGAAAUAGUGUUUUGUACUUCGUAAAAGACAGUAACUAAGAAAAACUAAACUAAACCUAGAAGUUUGUUAAUUGGGCCUAAGCCUAGCCUUUUAAAAAAAAAAAACCCAAAUUAAAAUUUUUUUAAACAAAGUUUAAACAUAAUUUACAACCAUUCAUUAUCUACGUAGAAAACGCCGAAGAAAGAAAAUUAAAAAAAUGAACUUACAUCUUUUAUUACUGGCCCUGCUGGUGUUCAUCAGUAGUUAUGGUUCUGAGGCCAGAGCCAUUGAUGAUGUUGACAAUUCCAUAGAGUCGGGUGCUGGUGAUCAAUCAGCGGCCACGGGCCCAUCAUCGGCUUCGCUACAACCUCGUACACGUUUUGGUCAGGAUUGGAUUAAAUUCACUAAAACUCCUCCCGUUAAGAUUUUACAAAGUUUGGGUUCUCCUGUUGAGAUUGCUUGCGAAGUAAUGGGCUCUCAAAUACCCACAAUUCAGUGGGUUGUCGGUCAUAUUCCUUUGUCAGAGAUCGAAACUAUCGAAUCGAAUGUAAUCUCUGAAUCAAGUGCUAGUGCCAUUGUUAAAGUACGUUCCGUACACGUCAUCGAUCAUAUGUUAAGUGAAGCACGCACCUACACCUGUGUAGGACGUACCGGUUCUAAAACCGUUUAUGCCUCUACCAUUGUUUAUCCACAGUCUGAUCUUAAAGAUUUAGUACAAGUACGUGAAAAACCUUUUAUGGGUCAUGUCAAACCACGUAUCGUGUACAGUGAAAGAAUGCAUUUAGAUUUGGUAGGAUCAAAUGUGGUAUUGCCCUGUAAGGUGCAUGCCCGUCCCCGUGCCGAAGUAUUCUGGAUGAAUGAUGAGGGUAAUUUGAUUGAACAAAAUCAACGUUUCAAAUUAUUACCCUCGGGAGAUUUAUUGAUAUCCGAUUUGAAAUGGGAAGAUAUGGGUGCCUAUAAGUGUAUAGCACGUAAUGCUUUGGGCAAAGAUACAGCUGAUGCAUUUAUUUAUCCAGUACAGAAAGAAGACAAAUAAAUAUUAGCUAAGAAUGGACCACCCCUCCCCCCCUAAAGCACUAUUAAACAUUUAGAAAUUGGACCUUUAAAUGAAAACCUAAAUAUAAUUUGCCUGGAAUUAAGAUGGGAAAAAACAAAACAAAAAAACCUUUAAACAAAUAUAUACAUUUAUAUAUA